GCCCAUUAAACGUUUGAGUAAAUGUUUACAUCUUUUAAUGUUGAAAUCUAUAAAUGUCAUCUCGACAUCAUGCAGUUCCAUUGUAACGUGCGUAGCCAGUUACGCAGCGCUCGGCUAACGCAGAUGUACUGUACAUCAGUUAUAUUGUAAUUGACCAAUACAGUUUAGUUAUUAUGUUUGUCCAAUGGAUUCGAAUUUUGGACUCUACAGAAGGUCGUCUUCUAACGACCUUCUGUAGACUUAACGACCUUAAGCAUUGUGGCAGCAGUCAGCGUUACUGUACUCUAAAAUUAAUUUCUGAAAAUGACAUAAAACAGUUCAUUGUUGAAAACACCGAGGUAGUGAGCGGUGGUAACCUGACCCCGGAAAUCCGUUUAAGGUUGUUUACCCCAAAUUGUCGUUUCUGGCACGCAAGACCAGAGCUGUGGCCGUUCACAGACCCAUACUGGGCAAUUUACUGGCCUGGUGGACAAGCCCUUGCAAGGUAUAUGUUAGAUAACCCGGGAGUUGCAAAGAAUAAGAAGGUGCUGGAUCUCGGGAGCGGAUGCGGGGCUUCAGCUAUUGCUGCCAAAAUGAGUGGCUCUGCUCACGUCCUGGCCAAUGACAUUGACCCAGUUGCGGCCAUCGCCACGAAGUUGAACUGCGAACUGAACGGCCUGGAGCCCCUCCCUGCCGCCACGGAGGAUCUGAUUGGCUCGGAGCCGCGGGGCUGGGACCUCGUCCUGCUGGGGGACAUGUUCUACGAGGAGGCCCUGGCGGACGGCCUGCACGCCUGGCUGCGCCGCUGCGUCCGCACCCACGGCACGCGGGUUCUGAUCGGGGACCCCGGGCGGGCCCAGCUGGACAGCCACGGGAUUAAGAGGCGGCUGCUCCCGCAGGCCCGGUACGAGCUGCCGGGGGCCGUGAGGGAGGAGAACUACGGUCUGACCAGCAGCACGGUGUGGCGCUACCAGCCUGAGCUAUGAUAUAGUCCCUUACCGGGGACCUAGCUCCAGAGCUACCAGGCUGAGCAGUGAUAUAGUCCCUUACCGAGGACCUAGCUCCAGAGCUACCAGCCUGAGCUAUGAUAUAGUCCCUUACCGGGGACCUAGCUCCAGAGCUACCAGCCUGAGCUAUGAUAUAGUCCCUUACCGGGGACCUAGCUCCAGAGCUACCAGCCUGAGCUAUGACCAUCGGCCCUCCUGUGAACACUAUAACACGAUAAAAUUUAAUAGUAUUUGUUG